GUCAACUAAUUGGUCAUUAUGACUUUUUAAUGAAUUGCUUUGAUUCAAUGCCGGGUCUGCAUCUGCAAGAACGCCCUGAGUAGCCAAGGUAAUCGACCUUUGGACAUUUUCGUAACUGUGGUGCCAGACGUCAUCUUCUCUCAAGGCUGUUUGUGCUCCUCCCUCCUCUACGUUUGGUGCUAAUUGAAGGGAGAGGGGGAGUGUAUAACGUAUUUCUCUGUCAACUCAACGUUUAGCUGCGCCACUGUUUCUGUCACGACCAGUCGACAGAUCCACCCACCCGCGACGUUUUUGUGAAGCGCGCGUGUGAGGAGUAAGAUAAAGCUUAUUGUGAAAUAUUUCGUGGCAGGCCUAGGCUAUAGGAUUUUAUUGCGUUUCUUUAGUAAUGUGGUUACUACGAAAAUUGUAGGCGUAUCUAGGAAUCAGUCCAAAACACACAAAAGGAGCGGAACAAGGAUAUCCACUCCCUCUCAGACUUGCUGGGAAAGCAGGUUAUUUGAGGACCAAACGACACACCAUGGAAGAUAGCCCUCAGCGGGCUGUGCAAGGCCUGGGCUCCUUCCCGUGGUACGUGGGGGGGACUCAGGUUCUGGGCCUGGCCUGUGUGGUGAUCACGGGCGUGUGGAUGGGCAGCUAUCACGGAGGCUACGCCUGGGAUGGUUCGGGACAGGAGUUCAAUGUACAUCCCCUCUGCAUGGUCCUGGGCCUGGUCUUUCUCUAUGGAGAUGCGAUCCUGGUGUACAGAGUAUUUAGGAAUGAAAGCAAACGCAACGUCAAGAUUCUCCAUGCUGUGCUCCACCUUCUCGCCCUCAUUAUCAGCAUAGUGGGUAUCGUGGCUGUGUUUGACUUCCAUAAUCAUAACAAGAUCCCCAACAUGUACUCCCUCCACAGCUGGUGUGGCAUGCUCACCUUUGUUCUCUUCUGUGUACAGUGGCUGAUGGGGCUUGGUUUCUUCCUCUUCCCUGGGACGUUAAUGGCGCUGCGGAGCUGGUACCUGCCACUACAUGUCUUCUUUGGCCUGGCCAUGCUCGCCAUGUCCCUAGCCACCUGCCUACUGGGGAUUUCAGAGAAAUUGUUCUUCAGUAUCCAGCACACAUAUUCACAGUUUGUCCCAGAGGGGAUCCUUGGUAACAUGCUGGGACUGCUGCUAGUAGCAUUUGGGAUUCUGGUAGGCUACGUGGUGACACGGGAGGACUUCAGGAGACCCCCACACCCAGAGGAGGAGGCCUUAUCUGUGCACUUUAAGACCCUGACUGAGGGGGGAGGGAGCCCCACCUCGCCUUAAACCAGAAAACACUCUGGUCUGAAAAGCUACUGUGUGCUCAGGCUUUUAUUUAAAACAAUCUGGUGUAUGAGAGCUGGGCUGGAACAAAAGCCUGCACACCCAGUAUCUCUCCAGGUCCAGCUGGAGAUCUGGCUGAUAUGCUGUCUUUAUUUCAUGUCACAUCGAGCUGUUCUACACCCACUUGUGGUGAAAUGGAGGUAAGACAGGACGGAUUUGACUAAUGUAUUUAAUUACUGCCACAUUAGCCAUCACAAAAGUGCCAUAUUAGGUCUCUAAAAACAAAAUAGCCUUUGCUAAGUGUUCAGUGAGGACAAAGCCAUGUGUCCAAGCCAAUUAGUUGUGCCUUCAUCUAGGGCAGUAGGGUUAUACUUUGUAAUAUCAGAAGUUACUCCUUGUUUAACAAACUCAGUCAUGACUUUCAAGCUUGUGAUAAAUUUAGAAGUCGCAGUUCAUUCAGGGAUAUGUUCAUUGUGACAAAAUUAAUAUUGAAUUAAUCUGUUGGCAGUGUUGAAUUUAUGAUAAAGGAUGCACAAAGUUGUGACUGAACGAUGCCUGGAUUUUUGGGGUUGAAUUCUAAAUUACCCCUAGGCACUCUUCAAGCAGUUUCUUAUCCAUUCCUUAUGUUUGGCUGGGUUGAAUUUUCACCAUUGAUUCAGGGUUUCCCCGGGCCACCCCAGACGUUUUCAUAUUUUAGUUUUAACCCUAAAGCACACCUGACUCAAUCAGUCAAAGGCUUGAUGGUUACUUGACUAAUUGAAUCUGGCGUGCCAGUUAAAAUAAAUGUAAAACUUCUGGGGGGGGGGCCCUAGGAGAGGGUUGGGAAACCUGCUACCACCUAUCCAAUAGUUACAGGGGCCAGUUUUUCUGAUCAGAUUAAAUCUUAGCAUUGGGUAAUUUUCUGUUUUGAAAUACCCAAAGGUAGUGAUUAGGAUAUUCCGUAGCAUUAAGUCUGUAGAGCAUUGCGCUUGCAGGAUAGUGGGUUUGAUUCCCGGGACCACCAUAUGUAAAAAAAAAUAUUUAAAAAAAUUAUGUAUGCACGCAUAACUAAGUCGCUUUGGAUAAAAAGUGUUUGCUAAAUGGCAAAUUUUCACAUCACACUUGGUGGAUUUAGAAAGGCACUACAACCAAGACGUUUCAAUUUAACUAAGGUGGGGAGGUUUAAACGUUCUUACAUUAAAUCGACUGCAGUAUAGGUAUGUGGUCAGUUAUAUUGAGGAGUGUCAAAUAAAUGCAUGUUCUUUUGUGAUAUACAGACAUUUAUCUUAGUUCCUUUAAUGUGUUUCACUAUGACAGUGUAGGCCUACUCAAAGCACUGAAAAUCCAGAUUCUGUGAUCUUAAUAUUGUAAGAUCUGAUCCUUAAAAAAAAAGAACUAAAUUGAUCUGAUCUUGAUUUGCAAAAUAUGGGGUUACAGAAUCAUUUAUCUGGGCUAAGGGGUAAAUUUGGUGUUCAGUAAAGAUCUUUAUGCUUCUGUGGUGUAAAAUGCUCAGUGCUAGUGUAAUAGAAGGGUGUUAUAGUAUGUGUGCCAAACUGGAUUUAAUUGUACAAUAAGCUGCUUAUCUGUAUCCAUGUUUGCUGCAUAUGAUUGACUGUUACACCAAAACCAUUGUAUUUAAGAGAAGAUGUAUGACUAUUGUAACUUGCUUUGUUCAAAGCAUCUACUUGUCCUCAUAUUUAAUCAAUAAUGUAACUAAGAUUACUUUAGAUUCAAUAUCGCUACCUCUCUUCACUUGUGGAAACUUGUUCUAUACAAUAGGCACUGCUGACUUAUUAAAACCUAUAUUGCCUUCCUAUCACUUAUUAAAGAUGCAUGACUCAA